AUGGGAUACUCAUAUCUCUUCAUUCUCGGCAGCAUCACUGCAACUGGACGAUCCAAAACCCCAGAGUCUAGCAAUGACCUCGAUACUUUUACCUCGUCUUCGAAUGAUAUCUCGAGCACCAUCGCCAGCCCACCCAAGACUACGAUUUCUUCCACUAUAACACCAACUCAAUCUGCAUCAAUGAUCACAACUACAAAAACAGUGCCAUCAACGACCGCGAGUCCAUCAUCCGAAUCAGGGUUUGUUGUCAGUCUUGUGGAGCCACCAUACCGGACAGUUACAGAAAGCGUGACAGGGACAGCGCCAAAAUCUACUACAGCACCAUCGAUACCAAGUCGUGGGCAUCCAGUACCAGCAGCAGCAAUUGUUAGCGCAGUCCUCGGCUCCGUCAUUCUUUGCGCUCUAUUGCUGGCCAUAUUCUUUUUUAUUCGCAAACGUAGACUUACAAAAGUUUACAAAGCGCCAGCAUACCCAUCACCAUUUGUUGGCGGUGACAUGACACCACAACUCUCAAGCAAAGCAUCGUCACAAUUUCAAAAGAAGGUUGCGGAGUUAUACAGAGCUGAUACGAUGGAAACAUGCGAGCCUCCACAACUGGAUAGUCGAGAGAUCGUGCCCCAGUUUCGCCGACGCGAUUCGAUGGGACGAUUUGUAGAACUCCCAGCGGAGCCGCUGCCGUGGCCCGGUCAUUCUGCGGACCGAUAG